GGCGCUGCCCCGGCCCGGCCCCGCUCCGUCCCGCGUGUCCCGGAAGGGCUGCGCGCCGUGACCGCCGGGCCAUGGCGGGGCUGUCCCGCACCCUCGGCAUCUUCGGCGCCUUCGCCGCCGUGGUGGCAGCCGCCUUCUACCCCAUUUACUUCCGGCCGCUGCUGCUGCCGGAGGAGUACAAGAAAGAACAAUCAAUAAACCGAGCUGGUAUUGUUCAAGAGGAUAUUCAGCCUGCAGGGUUAAAAGUGUGGUCUGAUCCAUUUGGAAGAAAGUAAUGUUGGCGGCUGUGCGUGUUACAAAACUGAAGAUGGACAUCUUCAGCUGUUUCUUCUGCCGCUGAAGUGUGUCUUUGGGUGUCGCUGGAGAAGAAUUCUGAGUAUGCUCUGAGGGCACGUGAGGAGCAACAAAGGCUACUCGUUGGAAUCCCAAGAGAUAAAAACAUCCUAGUUUUGACAGAGGAUGCUGCUGCGUAGCUCACAGACUGUUAGAGAGCUGAAUGGUUAUUGAGUGUAGAAAUGAAAUACUUAUUUCCUCGAGAAAAGGGAAAAGGAUUAUUUUAAAAUCUGUAGACACUUAUAGAAUAAAUUAUGAAUAGAGUAAAUCAUGCUGCAGUUUCCUCCCUAGUUUGAGAUUUACUUUCUGUGGUUUUAUUUUGAAAGUGUGGUAGAAGGGUAUAAUGGGAGAGAUCAGUGCAGAAAAUGCAACAUGGUACAUGUAAAUUUGUACAUUAAAAUUUUUAAACCAA